AUGAAUGAACCCCGCCUGACCGGCCCCCGCGGCGUGCGCAUCGUGGCCAACUGGACCACGGGCGUGGACCCCAUCUUCGCCGGCUUCCGCGCCAGGACCGGCGGCGACGCGGGCAUGGACCGGCAGCGCAGCAACCGGCUCAACAUCUACCAGGCCCCUAUCUCUCACACAUUUGACGCCCAGCCCACCCAGUGGAGGGCCGCGCUGUCACUCAACGAGCUUUGGGAGCAGCCAGCAGCAGGGGUGGUGAUCCGUCACAAGCGCACCGCCACGGGGGCACUGGUGGCGAGCGUGUGCAGGCGAACGCCUGCAGGCAGAGAGACGCGGACCAGCUGCCGAGCAGGCAAGGACAACGACUGCAACGGGCUAGUGGGGGUGGCAGACCCUGCCUGCGCCAGGCUGCUAGCGAGCAAGAGAUAG